AUGUCGCCGUCCUCAACGGGUGAUUCGCCUCACUCGUUGGGAGGAACAAGCAGUUCGGGGAGGCAGUUUCCGCUGCCUUCGCGGGAGAACUUUGCCAUCGAGGUUCCGUCGCAGCCACAUUCCGCCUCCAACGGGUCGUCAUUAAAGUCACCGAGCUCAGCGAAGGCGGCGCGGACAACAAACUUCAGUAGGGAGGGAAUCUUGGGCUCCGCACAGAAGGCACGAAAUCUGUCUCAGUCAUCAGAGGCACGCCCAGACACUCUUGCCGUCGACUUACAGAAGGUGUCCAGCGAUGAGAAUAUCAACCCUUUGAAGAGACGGAAUACCGACGCAACGAUUGACUACCCACGCAGGCGGGCCACAAUAGCGUGCGAGGUAUGUCGGUCACGCAAGUCCCGCUGUGAUGGGACGAAACCGAAGUGUAAGCUGUGCACAGAAUUGGGAGCCGAGUGCAUCUACCGUGAGCCUGGCAUCAAGCUCGAUGCUGGCGACAAGCUCAUCCUCGAACGACUGAAUCGUAUUGAAAGCCUUCUACAGAUGAGCAUGGUCAACAAUCCGAACAGCAUGCAGAUAUCUGGCGAUUCACCGCCCAUGAGCAACGGCACUGGCCUUAGUGGCGACAACCUGCUGGCUGCUAGUGGCAGCAACUUUGUGUCCAUAAUUCCCAGCGGUGGCCUAGGAACUUGGACCAACCAUGCGACAAGCAGUAUAUCUACGAUGCCGAAGGUCCACACAAAUGCCGCGUUACACCUACUACAGUGGCCGCUGAUUCGGGACUUGGUCCAGCGUCCUUACGACCCCCAAAUACUCCUUCAACUCGAAAUGGCCCGGGAGCCGCUACCGUCUCUGGCAAAGACGCCGUGUGUUGAUUUGUCCAACACUCAUGCGUACAUCGAGGCAUAUUUCGACCGAGUGAACGUUUGGUAUGCGUGCGUCAAUCCGUAUACAUGGAGAAGUCACUAUCGAAGCGCCUUGUCCAACGGGUUCCGCGAAGGGCCAGAGAGUUGCAUUGUGCUCCUCGUACUGGCUCUAGGACAAGCCAGCCUGAGGGGCAGUAUAUCACGCGUCGUUCCUCAGGAAGACCCCCCUGGACUACAGUAUUUCACAGCCGCUUGGUCUCUCUUGCCAGGCAUGAUGACUUCAAAUAGCGUACUGGCAGCCCAAUGCCAUCUGUUGGCCGCAGCUUACUUGUUCUACUUGGUCCGGCCUCUUGAAGCAUGGAAUCUACUAUGCACGACCAGCAGCAAGCUACAGUUGUUACUGAUGACACCUUCACGGAUCCCAGAGGACCAGAGAGAACUGUCAGAGAGGAUCUACUGGAAUGCGCUUCUCUUCGAAAGCGAUCUACUAGCAGAGCUGGAUCUUCCUCAUUCUGGUGUUGUUCAGCUGGAGGAACACGUCGGGCUUCCUGGUGGGUUCCAGGGCGAAGAGUCAGAAGCAGUAGGGCGAGACGACCUUUGGUACUUCCUUGCUGAGGUAGCUCUUAGACGGCUGCUCAACCGUGUGAGCCAGCUGAUCUACUCCAAGGAUUCCAUGGCAUCGACAACAAGUUUGGAACCGGUUGUGGCUGAGCUCGACUUCCAACUCACUCAGUGGUAUGAGAGUUUGCCUUCGGCAUUGCAGUUCCCGUUUACUCGAGCACCACUGGCGGAUCCGGUGCAAACCGUCCUACGGCUGCGAUUCUUCGCUUGCCGAACAAUCAUAUACCGGCCCUACAUCUUGGCAGUGCUGGACAACGAACAAGCCGUUCUAGACCCCUCAGUACGGGACAGCUGCCACAAGUGCCUAGAGGCGUCAAUUCGGCAAUUGGAGCAUAUAGGUGCACAUCACGCCGGCCAUAUGCCAUACCUGUGGCAAGGAGCACUAUCAAUCGUCUCACAGACCCUCCUAGUGAUGGGGGCUACCAUGUCGCCCUCGCUAUCCAACAUCUUGUUGACGCUUGUGCCUCACCGGGAGGUAAUCGACCAAAUCAUCAACGAUGUCAUUAUGGACAUCGAGAGGAUGGCAGUCCUCGCGCCUAGUCUGAGCUUGGCGGCUGAGAUCAUCAAGGAGGCUGAAGUCAGGCGACGAACGUUCCUGAACGGCUGA